UUUUGAUUGAUCUCUGUGUUGUUUCUUCUCUGAUCCGUGGUUUGAAAUUUGGGGAUUCUCACUCCAAAUCACUCAGAUUAAUCUCUGCUUGAUCGAUCUAUCUGCUGAUUUUGUUUCAUUAUUUAGUGUGUUUUGUAUUGUCAAGAUGAACGAUCAAUCUAAGCUCAUGAAUCCUCCUUCACAGAUGAUAGCUCAACCUCCUCCGCAGAGGAUGAUUCCACCUCAGCCGUCCCUAAUGAACCCGGUUCAGCCUCGGAUUAUGAACCAGCCCCAUCCGAUUAUCGGUUUAAACCAUCAACCACCGGUUAUGAUGAGCAACAACAACAACCAGACUCUGAUGAUGAAUCCCCGGAGCUAUAACCCCAACCCUAGCAUGAGCUUCGGAUCUAACCAUACCAAAACGAACCGGAGCAACAACAACAACAGCUGGAAAGGGAAGAAGAUCGUAACCGAUAAGAGACCCCCACCGCCGAUGAUGAGGAUGUACAACCCUCCGCCGCCGCAACAACCUGGCGGCGGUUACAAGCCGCCGACGCUCAACGAGCUCCAAUCUCAGAACCGAUUAAAAACGAAGAAGUUUUACCCGAAGAAGAAGUACGGUAACAGUAACAACCGAUACGUCCCUUACGCUCCGAGGAACACGACGUCGUUUAUCAUCCGCGCCAAGAAAUCCGGCGGAAUCGCCGAGCUGGUGUCUCCGUGCCCCGUGACGCCGGCGAUACUCCAGACGCCGAUGUUUUCUCCGUCGAGGGAGGUGCUGGGAGAUAUGGCGAAGGAGGAGUGGGGCGUUGACGGUUACGGAUCGAUGAAGGGGCUGAUUAGGCUGAGAUCUGAUGGACAUGAUGAUGAUGAGGACGAGGACGAAGGAGGAUCGAGUGGGAGUGAUGUGGAGGAGCAUGUGGAGGUUGAGAGGAGGUUGGAUCAUGAUUUGAGUAGGUUUGAGAUGAUUUAUCCGAGCUACGGUGGUUAUGAGUAUAACAAUGUGUUGGAGAGUCGAGUUGAUGAUCAGGAUAGUCAUAUUGCGCAGCUCGAGGAAGAGAACUUGACGUUGAAGGAGAGGCUGUUCUUGAUGGAGAGGGAGUUGGGUGACUUGAGGAGGAGGUUGCAGUAUCUUGAGAGGAGGAAUAUGGUGGAAGAAGUUGUGGAGAAUGAGUCGGGAAGUGAGGGGGAUGACACUGUGGGGUCUGAUUCGCGUACUAGUGGUGAUGGGAAGGGGAACCAUGUGGCUCGAGGAGAGGAUGUUGCGGUGAAAGAUGUUAAUGUGGCUGAAGCGAAAGAGAUUCAGCAUAAACUUGAAGGUAAGGAGAAAGGUGAGAAGGAAGUUUCAGGCGAAGGAUGCUAGGAAGCCAAUGGGGCUGAGAAGUUUGAAGAUGCAUCUGAGAAUGAUUCUGUUGGAGAACGAGGAACAACUAUAUGAUGAUUAUGAUACUUGCACGGGAACUUAUGAUGAUGCGUGGAUGAGAGUGGUGAUGCAUACCGUUUUCGCUUCUGUUAGUGAUGUAUCUCUGCAUCUCUAUGAUGUAUAUAUCAAAAUGUGCUUGUCUUAGCAGUCGUAGUCUAGCUCUCUCGUCGCUUUUAAUAUCUGAGAGUCAGGAGAGUAGCUUUCCAGGUGAAAUUCGUGUGAAGUAGUCAUGGUAAGCUUUCUCUUCUGGUUCAGAUCGUUUUUACCUUUUAUGACCUGGUUGGUUGAUCAUGUUAAGCUCCCCGGUUAAUAAGAUUGUAGUAAAAGCAAGGAUUGUUGUAGUGAAAGAACUUAUGGAUGAUAGAGUUUUAAGUUUCUUCUUUUAA